AUGCGGCACGUCUGGUGCUCCCUCGUAGAGGUGGAUAAUGCCAAGGGCAAGGUCGCCUCCAAGGACCGCGGCGAGCUCGAACUCGCGGCUCGCGGCUCGCGCUUUGUGCGGGCGCACGACGACGGAGAGGAGGAUGGCGAUCAGUCUGCGAUCCGGCUCUGCCAGUGCACGAUUGAGUGGGCGGACGGCAGUGCGCGGGUGCGGCGCGAAGACGGCGCGCGCGUGAGCGUGCCUCGCGCGAGCCUGAGCGGCGCCAACCCGCUUGAUCGUGAGGGCUCAGAUGACGCGGCGUCACUCUCGUGCCUGAAUGAGCCGUCGCUGCUGGCGCUGGUGCGGACGCGGUACGCGGAGCGACGCGUCUACUCUCGCGCCGGCCGCGUGCUCGUCGCGCUUAACCCGUACGAGCGCGACGCUGCCUUCCUCGAAGCGACGUACGGCGAGGAGGCGAUGGCGGCGCAACGGCAGGCGAGUGCGGCGCUCAAGAGGCCUCCUCACAUCUUCGAGGUGGCGCACGAGGUGCACGCGAGCUGCGCGCUGCGGCCUCAGUCCGUCGUUAUCAACGGCGAGUCGGGCGCAGGCAAGACAGAGACGUGCAAGCACCUCACCCGCUACCUCACCGCCGCACCCCUGGACGAGGGCACCGCCGCCGUCGGAGCCGCUGUCAAGCGGGCACUCGUCGCGUCGUCCCCGAUCCUCGAGGCGUUUGGUAACGCGUGCACCCUGCGCAACGACAACUCGUCCCGCUUCGGCAAGCUGCUCAAGCUGCACUUUGGCGGAGGCGAGCUGCGCGGCGGCCGGGCCGAGGCCUCAGUGCGUCGCGAGCUGUGCGGCGGGAAGGUCGAGGUCUACCUGCUCGAAAAGUGCCGCCUGGCGAGGCACGCCGCAGGCGAGCGCUCCUUCCACUCUCUCUACCAGCUCUGCGCCGCUCCGGCGGCGGUGCGGCGCAAGCUGCUGCUCGGGCGAGCCGCGGGCGGCGAGGAGGACGAGGCUGCCUCGCUGGAUGGCUUCGCGCGCCUCGCUGGCGUGGACGACGCGCUCUCCUUCGCCGAGACCGACGCCGCAAUGCGCGAGAUGUACCGCGUGGCCCGCAACGCCACCGGCGCCGCCGCGGGCAACGAACCCGCAAGCGUGUCGCUGCACACGGCGAGCGAGGUUGUCGAGAUGGCGAGCAGCUGCGAGCAGGCGGCGGAGGCGCGCGACGCGCUCGCGCAGGCGCUGUACGAGCUGCUCUUCAUGCGGCUCGUCGAUACGACCAACCUCGCCCUCGCCUCCACGUUCGAGCGAAACGGGUACGAGCAGCUGCUGAUCAACUUCGCGAACGAGAAGCUGCAGGCGCUCUUCGUCUCCGAGGCGGUCGAGCUGCACGUAGGCAUCCGCGUCGAGCUGAUCGACUCGCCCGACAACUCGGCCGUCCUCGAGCUCUUUGAGGGCGCAAAGCGGCGCGGAGGCUACCCUCGGCCGGGCUUACUCUCCAUCCUCAACGAGGAGACCGCCUCGCCGAAGCCUCCCGACGACGCGCGGCUGGUCGAGGCGCUGCACCGUCGCUUUGCGGAGCACCCGGCGUACCGCAAGCCGGCAGCGGCGGAGCCGGCGACCUCGUUCACCGUCCGCCACUUCUCCGCCCAAAAGAACAAGGACGAGCUGCACGCGAAGCUGCCCGCGCUGAUGGCCGCCUCGCGCUGGCCGUUUGUUCGCGACCUCUUCCUCGCGCGCGCCGCCGACUCUCGCCGCGGCGAGGUGGCGCGCCAGUUCGCCGCGUCGAUGAAGGAGCUGACAGAGACGCUCGCGGCGACGGACCAGCACUUCAUACGCUGCAUCAAGCCAAACGACCGCCGCACGCCCUUCGAUUUCGACGAGGCUCUGGUGCGGUCGCAGCUGCAGUCGUGCGGCGUGCUCGCCGCCGCAUGCGUCGCGCAGGCAAACUUCCUUUCGCCCAAUGCGGGCUUCCCGUACCGCCGCACCUUUUUGUCGAUGCUCGACGACUUUCGCGACCUACUCACCCUCGAGGAGCAGCGCCUCGCCUGGGGCGGCUCGGCGGCGGAGCGAAAGGCGAUGGCGGGGUUCGCCGACGAGGACUACCAGCUGGGCCGCACGAUGGUCUUCGGCUCGGCGGGCCUCGAGGCGCAGUUCGCGGAGAGGGCACGCGAGCUGCGCGAGCGGCGCGAGACGUAG